AUGGGCAAAAAGGGUCGACAAGGUCCUGCUAAGGGCAAGCCAACCUCUGCCGGUGGAAACAAAAAGGCUAAACAAAAGCGUAAUACCCAGCAGAUUGUCCAUGUGUCGAAAUCGCGACAAACCUUCGGCAAGGGCAAGACCAAUCAUAAAGCAAAUAGUUUUGAUACACCCACCGAGCGAUUGGCCAAGAUGCGCCGUAAGAUUGACGGUGGCAAGUUCCGCAUGCUGAAUGAGCAGCUGUACACGACAACAGGAACGGAAGCUUAUUCCACAUACCAACAAGAUCCUGAACUCUUUGAUGUGUAUCAUCAAGGCUUUCGGGAGAUGGCGAACAAGUGGCCCGCAAAUCCGCUGGACACUUUUAUCGAAUAUGUCAGACAUCAUCCAGAAGCGGUAGUUGCUGAUUUUGGCUGUGGAGAUGCCAGACUGGCUGAAAGUGUACCAAAUAAGGUGCACUCAUUCGAUUUGGUGUCAAGAAAACCAAUCGUGACGGCGUGUAAUAUUGCCGCUGUUCCUCUAGAGAAAAAUAGUGUGGACAUUGCCAUCUACUGUUUGGCGCUUAUGGGAACAAGUAUUCGUGAGUAUUUACUUGAAGUGCACCGUGUGCUGCGUCCUAAAGGUGUGCUGAAGGUCGCUGAAGUCAAAAGCCGCUUUGAAACCGAGUCACUAGGAGGAAUCAAUGGAUUUGUCCAGGCAAUGCGUAAAAUGGGCUUUGACUGCAGGCACAAUGACGAUCGCAAUAAAAUGUUUGUACUCUUUGAGUUUGUUAAAUCGUCGCGCACGCCACAGGACAUUGAGCCGAUCGAGUUGAAAGCGUGUGAAUACAAGCGCAGAUAG